CGAAUUUGAACAAUCAUGCGCCGCUUCGUAGAACAACAACAACAAUGGCGUCACUUCAUUCCUCCAUCAAAACCAUCUCCAAAACUCAUCCAUGGCUUCUUCUCCUUCUUCUUCUCCUCCAAAACUAAUCCAAAUCCAAACAAACAACAACAAAUCCUCAUCGACUCCAUCUCCAAAUCCCUACAAUCCAACGAUAACUGGGAAACUCUCUCCACCAAAUUCUCCUCCAUCGAUUUAUCAGAUUCUCUCAUCGAAACAAUCCUUCUCAGAUUCAAAUCCCCCGAAACCGCGAAACGAGCUUUAACCUUCUUCCAUUGGUCAGCUCACAUUCGAAAUCUCCGCCAUGGAAUCAGAUCUUACGCUGUCACGAUUCACAUCCUUGUCAAAGCUCGAUUACUUAUCGACGCUCGAGCUUUAAUCGAAUCGUCUCUGUUGAAUUCAUAUUCCGAUUUAGUCGAUUCGUUGUUAGAUACUUAUGAGAAUUCUUCUUCUACUCCUUUAGUGUUUGAUUUGUUAGUUCAAUGUUAUGCUAAGAUUAGGUAUUUGGAAUUAGGAUUUGAAGUUUUUAAGAGAUUGUGUGAUUGUGGAUUUAGUCUAAGUGUGAUUACUUUGAAUACGUUGAUUCAUUUCGCUGCGAAAUCGAAUCGGAUUGAUCUUGUGUGGAGGAUUUACGAGUGUGCGAUUGAUAAGAGGAUUUAUCCUAACGAGACGACGAUUCGGAUAAUGAUUGAAGUGUUGUGUAAAGAAGGGAGAUUGAAAGAAGUUGUUGAUUUGUUAGAUAGGAUUUAUGGUAAGAGAUGUUUACCUUCAGUGAUUGUUAAUACGAGUUUGGUGUUUCGGGUUUUGGAAGAGAAGAGAGUAGAGGAGAGUAUGAGUUUGUUGAAGAGGUUGUUGAUGAAGAAUAUGGUUGUUGAUACGAUUGGUUAUUCGAUUGUUGUGUAUGCGAAAACGAUGGAAGGGGAUUUGGAGUGUGCGCGGAAUGUGUUUGAUGAAAUGGUUAAGAGAGGUUUUAGUGCGAAUGCGUUUGUUUAUACUGCUUUUGUUAGAGUUUGUUGUGAAAGAGGUGAUGUUGAAGAAGCGGAGCGGUUGAUGAGUGAGAUGGAGGAUUCUGGAGUGAAUCCGUAUGAAGAAACUUUUAAUUUUCUUAUCGAGGGUUGCGCGAGGUUCGGGAGAGAAGAAAAAGGUUUAGAGUAUUGCGAGAUUAUGGUUGCGAGAGGGCUUAUGCCUAGUUGUUCGGUUUUUAAUGAGAUGGUUAAGAGAUUAAGUGAGAUUGAGAACGUGAAUCGCGCGAACGAAAUCCUAACCAAGUCGAUAGAUAAAGGGUUUCUGCCCGAUGAACAUACGUUCUCUCAUCUGAUUCAAGGAUUUGUAGAAGGAAACAGUAUCGAUCAAGCGCUUAAGCUGUUCUACGAAAUGGAAUACCGAAAGAUCUCUCCUGGUUUCGAGGUUUUCAGAUCACUAAUUGUGGGACUUUGCGCUUGUGGUAAAGUUGAAGCCGGAGAAAAGUACUUGAGAAUUAUGAAGAGGAGGUUGAUAGAGCCUAAUGCAGAUAUAUACGAGGCAUUGAUUAAGGCAUUUCAGAAAAUUGGCGAUAAAACGAAUGCUGAUAAAGUUUAUAAUGAGAUGAUUUCAGUCAGAUGAUUCAAAAUGAUUUUAAUCUCCAUGUAGCUUCAUCUUGGGAAAACUUGAUUUUGUAUCAUGGGUCAAUGAUCCAACGACCAUAUUUAUUAUACUUCCAUUAGACAGAAACCAGAGGAAAAUAAAGCUAAAGCCAUAGA